AUGUUUGGCCCGAAAGAGGCUUUAGGUGAAAUUUUAGACCUGAGCGAGAAUUUCAAGGAAUGGUUAAAUUUACCAAAAAAGCAGUUCUCCUAUGGGGAAAAUAUGCCAUCAUAUGCAGAUUAUCUUUCAGGACUUACCAAAUUCGAUUGCGAAACCUAUGAUAAGGAGUCUGUUCAAUAUAAGACCUACAUCAAGAACCUUGCCGAAUAUUUGUCAAAUUUCUAUAUUAAAACUCGUCCUUUGAAUAGACCUGAAAUUGACAUCGAUCGUAUCAAGCAAUCUUUUUCUUCCGCAUUAAUUGGCGAUGGAGAUAAUGUUUAUUGCCUGAUUUGUCAAAAGGACUUCGCAAAAUUGUCCGUAUUCAAUUCUCAUUUGAAUGGAAAAAAGCAUAAAAAAGCAGUAUCAAGAACUGAGACUUAUCGAGUUGCUCUGAACGAGCAUUUGGUGAUAGAGACCAUAAAACUUCUCAAUAAAGAACUCGAAAACACGAAAAAAGAAGCUGAAAGGUACUCUUCUUUAAGUUUUAGAGAAAAAGAGCUUGAAACUAAUGACGCUAAGAAUCUUUCUGAUUACGAAUAUGAAACUAUUGCUGAUUCUCAUAAUGACCAUAAGUUUGAUGACCAUGGAGACCUCCAUCAUCUUGGCAAUGACGAAACUUCACCAAUCGGUCCGGAUGGAAAGCCAAUCCCUUUAUGGCUGUGGAAACUCAAAGGGUACGAUAUGGUGUUCACAUGCGAGAUCUGUGGAAACGUUAAGUUCAAGGGUAAAGAAGUCUUUCACAGCCAUUUUACAGAGCCAACGCAUUUGCAUGGACUCAAAAUGCUCGGUGUUAUGGGGGAAUAUAAUGCAUUUCGAGACUUAAAUAAGAUUGACGACGUCCUGGAGCUCUCCAACUAUUUGGAAAAAAAACAGAGAAAUGAUGCACAAUACAAAGAUGAUGGGGUUGAAGUGGAAGAUGAAGAGGGUAAUGUUAUGAGUAGAAAAGUCUAUGAACAAUUAAAGAAGCAGGGUCUAAUUUAA